AUGGGAAACCGAAGCUCGUCACACUACCCGCCUCCUCCGCAUUGGAUGCAUCAAAGGACAUCCUAUUCAACAACUACUUCUCCAUAUCCAGAAGCAAAACAAAGACCAAUUGCUCCAGGAGCAUUCGCUGAACCUUAUAUGCAUCACAAUCCACAUCAUCCACAAUCAAAAGCUCAAAUGAGACGAUCAAUGAUCUCUCUGAAUGCAGAUUCUGGAUACAUGGGAGGCCCUGAUUCUGAAAGGUUACGACAAAUGAGAGGAUCAAGAAUGUCAUUGAAUCAAAUUGAUUUCGAACCAGCAAUGAUGCCUCCACCUAGGAUAUUGAUACCUCCUGAUGCAAAGACAUUGAAGAAAUUGGAGAAGAUGGAGAAGAAGCAUCAGAAAUUAAUGAAGAAAUUGGGAGCAAGAGGAAUUCCGAUUCAGAUGCCUGUUCCACCACCACCACCAAUGCAUCCAAUGUACUCCAGAGCUAUAAGCUAUGAUGAUUUACACAGAAUGCACGAAGCACCUGAAAUCGACGUUCGAAUGCGUCAACGUGACUGGAGAACUUCUGAUGAGCGACGAGGAUUACCAACAAGACGAGAAACACAGAGCCAAUAUGUGAAGCAUAAUUACUCAAGCACCAACCGCCGAGCCGAACUUAACGGCUCGCUGGCUUCAUCGUCCCCAAUGACAUCAUCAGAAGAAGGUGGACAUUCUUCAGAUCCAUGGAACACAUCUAGCAUUUCUUCAGGAAAACGAGACAUUAUCUCGCCACCAAUGUACAGUAGCACACCACAUCACCACAAUCACCACAAUCACCAGCAACUUCAGCAUCAUCAGGUCAUCAAGUCUCCACAACCUCCAAUCACAAAAACGAUAGAAGUAAAAGUUGAGCGAAGUGAAAAAGUGGAGCAACAGGUGUCGGAGCCCACAAAAAGAGCACCACCAACUGCAGCCCAGACAGCCUCUUCAACGUCAUCACGGAUUCAACAUAAUCAAACAUUGAAUAAUUCAAAUGCAACAUAUGCUCAACCAAUAAUCCGUCGUCAACCAUCAUAUGGCUCGAGAUCUUCGUCAAUUGCCACGUCACAAAUGAGAUGUGAUCAAUCGGAAAUUGAUUUUUCAUGGGUUAAUGAGGAAGAGGACAAACUGAAGAGAGAAUCAAAACGAAUCGAUAGUCUUCCUGAAUUCUACUUCGGAAUGGAUCCUCCACCAGUUCCAAGUGAUAAUGAGAAGGAGAACGAUGAGAAGAGAAACAGACGGAAGAGUAGUGUGCUGGAAAAGACUGCGGCUUUCGAGAUUGAAGCAAGAAGAAAUGAUCGGAAGGAGCCGUCAUUCCUGUCACGAUCCAGUCAUCAAUUACUGACGACGUCUGAAAUCCCACCGGCUGAUUAUUCCCCACUCUCAAUCCACACGAAAGAGAUUGGCGGUCCUGCUGAACGUCGAAUUUAUCGAAUUCAGAAGCAACAGCAGCAGCAUUCAUCUGAAGAUCGUCGUUACCGAAGCAGUAUUGCGUUUUGAAUAUUAUCCGUCAUUCCCAAACUCCAUCUACUCGUGCCUCAUUUCGAUUCGUCUUCGCUCAAUUUUCUUUCACAAAAAUUAUUCUCAAUAAAUGAUUUUUUAU